GCUCGCUGGUUCGCUGAAUGUGAGGCAUAUUUCGGGGAGAGAGAGAGAGAGAGAGAGAGAGAGAGGGAGGGAGGGAGGGUAGUACAAGUGUACCCACGAGCACAAGAAGUUGACAAGAACUCGUUUUUAGCUGCAUUUGGGUCUUGUUUAUCUUCCUCAUUCUUCUUCUCUCUGGAUAGUAUCAUCUCUGGAGAGUUCCUGGAGGAAGGACAAAAGAAAAACGCAGAAUACCCAGUGGGACUUUUUGAGACAUUUUUUGGGAUAAUGCUUGGUAAAAGGGCCAGGUCAGUGCUGAAAGAUCGCCAGAUGGCUCAAAGAACAGUUGCUAAUCCUGAUUGUGAGCUUAAUUUGAAUUCUAAAAGGAAUACCUUAUUCAAUCUCCCUGGCCUUUUUGUGGGUUUGACCCCUAAGAGACUAUCAGACUCUGAAUCAGCCAAUAGUCCUACCUCUCCUCUUGAUUUCAAGGCAUUCUCAACUCUGACCAACCCUAACAAGUCCCCUAAAUCACCACAACACAAAAAAAUUUGGGAUCGCGACAAAGUGGGCUUAAGCAUUGUAGAUUCUCUUGAUGAUCAUGCUAAAGCAUUGCCUGGAAAAGUUCAUCAGCCAUCAAAUAACAAGACCUUUCUUCACGGUCUCCAGAUGAAGCCUAAAAAUCCGAACUUUGACACAGAUACUCGUCCCGUUGAAGCAGCUAAGUCACUGCCAAAGAAUUAUGCAUUCUCUCAUACCCACUUGAAAUCUCCCCUCCGUGAUACUAACUCCAAUGUCGUUUUUGAGAUUGGAGUGGACCUUCAAGAUACCGGACCUUUUGGGAAAACCCGGUCGUGUUCUCUGAAUUCUUGCACUAUUGUGAAUUCUUCUUCCAAAUUGAGCAAAUCGAAUCCAAAAUCAAACAACUUCUUCCGUUCUGACCAGAGUUCCUUGUUGGCGUCACCUGUCUCUGGAAAUGGAAUCAAUGGACUCAUUGCUUCUCUCCCGAAGAAAGAGAUUGAGCUCUCCGAGGACUAUACAUGUAUAACCUUACAUGGCCCUAACAAGAAGACAACCCACAUUUUCGGUGACUGUAUUUUGGAAUGCCAAUCUAAUGGAACAAUGGAUAUUCAUGGGACCAGUCAGAACAAUCGGCUGAGUUCACUGAGUAAGACUUCUGAAGCUCUGGCAUUGUAUCCAUCAGACAUCUUCUUGAGCUUCUGCUUCCACUGCAAGAAGAUUCUGGAAGAGGGAAAAGAUAUCUACAUGUACAGAGGCGAGAAAGCAUUUUGCAGUUCACAAUGCCGUUCAGAAGAGAUCAUGAUCGACGAGGAAAUGGAGAAACCCAUGAAUACUACAGCUCCUGGGGACGCAUCUGAUUCGUGCAAUGGCCAGGGCAACCUCUUCGAGACCGAACUCGAAGAAACCAAGUAAUCGAAGCUGCUUCCCAUCAGAGCGUCUCCUCCACCAUUAGCCCCGCAGAUCGUCCGUUCACAAAGAGCUGUUUCCAUGUGCAUUUAAUCUGCAGCCAUGGAUGAUCAUCAAUCAAACCCCUUUUCUAUACAUUGCCUCAGCUUUCGCUGCUUGGUGCUUCUAUACUUGGUGGUAUAGGUGGUGGGGAGUCUUCUUUUGGCAUUGAGAGAUAAUUGAGACGUUUGAGUUUUGUUUUCUUUGCUUUUUGUUGUUGUCAUUUUAUUCCAAAGAAAGGAGGUGGUAUGCCGGUUUUCAUGGCUCCCCAAUUUUCUGUCCCUCUAGAGGAAUAUCAGAGUUCAUGUAUGAGCAUCCAAAUGAACUUGAGCUUUUUGCCUUCAACAAUAUAAACUUGCUCUUAUAGUUUCGUUCACAAA